UUCCGUUCUCAAUUUCUCACAGCUUAUUUUAUGAACAUCGACUUUCGGUUGUCUAUCACUUGUGUGUGCUGACUGAUCCGCAAGAGCUGAAUGUUCUACGAGACAAGAUUAUGAGGCUUUUUUAUCCUGUGCUAGCCUAUAGCCAAGGUAGCCUACAAUAUGUGUCCACAGAAAUCGACAGAUAGUAUAUGACACCGGGUCUUGAAUGCAGCAUCUUCAAGUAGUAACCUACAAUAUUUGAACCAAACUAAUCCGCGCGAUGUAUGAGGAAGCUUCAGGACCCAUCCCACCGUAGUCGGAGCUGCAGUCACUUGCCUCUUUUUGCGCACGCCUUGGACAUAAGGAUGAAAUCUGACGUUUCUCCAGUAACCUACAGCCUACAUGCACGUUUGUGGUGCUGAAUUUAAACAGACUGGACUGUUUCGCGAGAUGUAGGCUAAAGUUGUCAUUUUGCGGGAUCAGAAUGAAACAUUUUGAAUGGCUCGUUUCCACUUGAAAUCCAGGUACGAGAGACGUCAGGUAUUCAGCACGGUCUGUGAAGUUCGGCCAACCAACAGGGAGAAGUAACCGAAAUAUGCCAUGUUGUUUUGCAAGCCUGCCUUGUUUUAAAUUGUCUGCGCUGAGGAAUAUGAAUGCCCUAUCGUUGAAACAUAAAGGUAGGCUACCUGCUUAGACCAGAAUACGCCUUUUGAUAGCCACAUUCUUUUUCUAAAUAUUGUCCAUCAACAUGUGGCACUUUGAAGAUCCGUAGGCAUUAUUAUGAUGAAUCUAGGAGCAACUACUGAAAGGAUAAUGUGUAAUAAUUCACACUAAUAUGAAAACACCUUCUUGUUAUAAUGGAUGAGAAAUCCAAAAAGCUGAUCUUAGUUCCUAUUUUAGCUGUUAUUUUUGUAAUGAUAGGCUAUCAAUAUAUCUGUCCAGCUGGCAGCAACUCUUGCCACUUUAAUACCGGGGGAAAAAUGAGAGGAGUCAGUCUACUUUCUACCCAAUAUCGGACAACCGAAGACUUUUACACAGAACUGGAGGAUGACAGUCCACCGAAAUUGCCGUCAAAAUUCAACUUUACUGAACGAGACCUUCAGCGGCACGUGGAUUUCAACAUCAAAGGAGACGAUGUGAUAGUGUUUUUACACAUUCAAAAGACUGGGGGAACCACGUUUGGAAGGCACUUAGUUAGGAAUAUUCGUUUGGAGCAGCCAUGCGACUGUAUAUCAGGGCAGAAGAAAUGUACAUGCCACCGACCAGGCAAAGAUGAAUCCUGGCUGUUCUCUCGGUUCUCUACAGGCUGGAGCUGUGGUUUACAUGCCGACUGGACAGAGCUCACCAACUGUGUACCUGUCAUCAUGGACAAGAAGAAAGCUCAAAAGAACAAAAGGAACUACUGCUACAUAACCAUGCUCAGGGACCCCGUCUCCCGCUACCUGAGCGAGUGGAAGCACGUGCAGCGCGGCGCCACCUGGAAGACAUCCCUGCACAUGUGUGACGGGCGCUCGCCCACACACGACGAACUGCCCACCUGCUACAGCGGGGACGACUGGUCGGGCGUCACCCUGACCGAGUUCAUGGACUGCCCGUCUAACCUGGCCAACAACCGGCAGGUGCGCAUGCUGGCCGACCUGAGCCUGGUGGGCUGCUACAACCUGUCCUCCAUGAACGAGAGCGAGCGCAACCACAUCCUGCUGGGCAGCGCCAUGAACAACCUGAAGAACAUGGCCUUCUACGGCCUGACAGAGUUCCAGCGCAAGACGCAAUACCUGUUUGAGCGGACGUUUAGCCUGCGCUUCAUCGCCGCCUUCACGCAGAUCAACAGCACACGCGCCGCCAACGUGGACCUGAGCGAGGCCGUGCGCCGCCGCAUCGAGGAGCUAAAUUACCUGGACGUGCAGCUGUACGAGUACGCCAAGGAUCUGUUCCUCCAGCGCUUCCAAUACACCCGCCAGCGCCAGCACCAGGAGGAGCGCUUGAAGAGGCGCGAGGAGCGCCGUUGGCUGAGGGAGCAGAGGGAGACGAGCAGGGGCGGGGGCAGGGGCAGAGACCAGCUGGCCACCACCACCGAAGACUACACCAGCCAGGUGGCCCGCUGGUGAGGUCACACUGCUGACCAUACAUCCAGAGAUAGGUCACAGAACAGCCAGUCUCACAUGGUCCUCUCCCUCUCUCUCUCCUCUCUCUAUCUCUCUCU